AUGGCACCCCAGAGCUUGGGUUCAUUUUCACAAAUUCUGCAAUCCGAAUUUCUCUUGACAGACUCAAAGUGGUGCUACAAUGUUAAUGAGUUGCCUGGCCCCAAAAUAACGAAUCCAGGUGGAUGGGUCAAAUCGCUAGACCUCGAAUGUUCUCGAACGACUCAAAAACUAGAGUUGAAGUUUAUCAAAGUCGAUCAAAACCGUGCAACUAGCACUCGAGAGAUAGCCCACUUGAUCCAUUUAUCUUUCUCCGACUUUCGUCUGGGUAAGGUCGUCGAAGACGAGUGGCAAGGCUGUACUGCUAGAGAAACGGGCGACUACCUAGUUCGAUUGCUCCAGCAUGGAAUAAAAUUGAAUGGGAUACUUUACAGUUUUUACGGUCAUAGCAACAGUCAGCUGAAAUCGCGAUCUUGCUAUUUACUACGUGGAUCGAAAGAGGAGGUGACUAGACUGGUAGAAUCUCUCGGGGACUUUUCCAAAAUCCAAACUGUCGCUAAAAAGGCAAAACGAAUCGGGCUGCUCUUUUCGUCCUGCCAUGCUCUCCUUAAGGUUGCAUGUGGCCGAUAUGAAGACAUUGACGAUAUUGAAGCAUCGGGAUAUAACUUUACCGAUGGCUGCGGCUUGGUCGGAGGGAGCACUGCCAGGCUCCUGUCUCAAAAAUUGAAAAUCGUCAUUCAUAACCAACUUUACCAUCCUUCUGUCUUUCAAAUUCGAUUCAAGGGAUACAAAGGAAUCGUGUCUUUGGAACCCCAGUUGCGCAAAGGCUGUUACUUCCAAUUUCGAGCUUCAAUGCGAAAGUUCUCAGGCACAACAGAUUCUUCUUUUGCUGUGGUUGACUAUUCUCAGCCCUAUACAUACGGAUAUCUCAACGAUGAUAUUGUGCUUCUCCUUCACGCACUCGGAAUCACGAAAGACGUGUUAUGGAAAAAGCAGCGGGAACACUUUCAUCGCUUACAGGACUCUUUAACAGACCCAGGAGUGGCAUUUGUUGUCUUGUGUUCCCUAGGUCGGUUAGAUCUCGUGGAGAAACUGGUUUUGGGUGGAAUCGAGAAGAUUGCUAGCCCCCUACGUGGUCUAGUCAACAGCGAGCUUACCAAGAUGCUCAAUAAACGACAAGAGCACAAGUGUCGCAUUUUGGUACCUGAUUCUCGACUGGUUUUCGGUAUAUGCGACCCUAGGGAAGUCCUCGAGGAAGGGGAGUGCUUCUUGCGCGUCACCGACGACAUGUAUGGGAGGCGCCCUAGAACGAUCCACAGCUGUGAAGUGCUAGUGACUAGGAACCCUUGUUUACAUCCAGGUGACUUACGGAAGUUGAAGGCUGUCGAUAAGCCAGAACUUGCCCACCUGACGGACUGCAUCAUAUUCCCCGUCAAGGGAAAAAGGCCCACGGCUGAUCAGAUGUCAGGGGGAGAUUUGGAUGGAGAUAAAUUUUUCGUCUGUUGGGAUCCGGAUCUUGUCCCAACCACCAUGUCCGAGCCUGCUGAAUAUCCACCCGGCCAAGCCCCCGUAUCAUUCCAGGGUAUCACAGUAGACGAUUGGAUUGAAUAUUUUGCACGAUAUACCAGUGCUAGCUUGGGUCGUGUCAAGAAACUGUUUUUACAAUGGGCAGUCCACAAAGGCGCCUUGAGUAGGGAAUGCCAGGAGCUCAAUCGAUUACACUCACUCAGCGUUGAUGGAAAUCGCAUCAAGAUCCCGGACAGACUUGCGACACCGCCUCCACUAGAUGAAGAUAUCAGUCAAGGGUUUAUCUUGCACAUACUACACGAAGAGGCCAGGAAAGAGGCACUGAAAAAGCUGCUGGCACCAACUCCUCGAAGCAAGUACGAUACGAGAGAAGUCAUCGAGACUAUUCUCUGUCAGCCGCGGACAUGCUCUGAGUUUUCUAUGCUACGUUUAGUCCAUGACUGGUGCUGUCAGACGAGCGAGGCUAAUAUUAGCGAGCUGCUUCAUUACUUUGACCUCCCUGCAAUGACACCCGAACAGCGCCGCUGGUUGCUUCGUGAGUUACCGACGUCGAUUGAGUAUCCCUCUUUGGUAAUGAACGGCCUCCUUUAUUCAGGCAUUCUUGACAGGCAAGAGUUGAUUCCUUUUCAUCUGGACUAUCCGGGCAUGCGAUGGAAACGUAUCUUUUCUACUGACGAUCGCCUGGCAAAUCUGUUCGAAGUGAUUGCAAAAUCAUUUUCCGAAUUCCACCGAAAACUUCUCGUACUGAAAGUCCACGAACGGCUAACCAUAGCCAUCUACAUUCAACAGCAAAUAGCCCCUGAAGAAGAAGUCCUGGUAGGGCAGGGGGUAAGGGUUAUUGCCUUCCCACAUACACAAGAGCCCGGUAAUCGCCGUGGUCGUAUUCAUGCUACGAAAUCGACAUACCACCUAUACUACGACCAUAAUGUCUUUCAAUUAUACCAGUCUAGACGACAAAACACAUUCGUAUGGAUUGGACGACCAGGCAAAAACGAUUCCUCUUACAAGACUGUUCAGGGUGUAGCAAAUCGUAAUCGGGAGCGCCAGAAGACAAUUGAUGCCGGGGUUAACCGAGACUGGGUGACGAGUAUCGCGUUGGAUCGGUUUAGUGCACAUACAAAAACCCAGAUAGGACGAGUAUACCGGGAUGAUAUUGUUGCUGCAGAAUUAUAUGUCAUUAGCAACACCGACGUGAACUCAUUCCAGGUCUUAGAUUUAUGGAUGGAAAGCGUUGACACCAUGGAGACUAUUCCAUUGUUUGAGAAGGUUCCGCCUCCUCUCACGAUUCCUGAACUGGCUACGGCGGAUUUGACAUCCCAACCGGAUGAUAUUCGCGGCUUUUUUGAAUCAGGGGAUAUCUCAUUACUAGAUCAGGCCUCUUUGCAAGGCAAAAUUUCGACAAUUUUGCAGGUAUGCUUUGAAACUGCUGGGACCAGUCUCUCCGGGAACAUAUAUGAGCACUAUCUCCAAUCGUCUGAGGCAGUAGCAGCAUGGGCGAUGCAAGAGGAAUUACUGGAGGGGUUGAUCCAGGGCCUAGUAUACACACCCGGCCACGUAGUAUUCUUUGCAGCACUUUCUCCAUGGCAAGAAAACUUCCCUUGGUCCCUGUCACGAACAUUAAAAGCACAGAGCUUACGCCUGCUAAAGGCGACGUUCCAGGCGACCAGCACGAGUGGCAUAUUUGCACUGAAGGCAAUGAAAACCAUCCUUGGUGAGAUCGAUUCAUUAUCGCUAGAAUCGUUUCAAGGAAUAGUGGAAGAUGCAUGUCUUCUAUUGAAAUCUCCGGACCAGUUGCUUGAUAUUUAUCUCGACGGUCUCGCGCACACAAGUGAGAGGCUGAUACAUGAGUCCCCCACCGUAAGGGAUUAUUUCACUCGACAUAUGUUCGCCAUUACUCUCGACCACUGCGAAGAGGCAUCCGAAUCAGUUUCGCGUAAAGACGAUCUGUGGGCUUUUGAGCCGUUUACUCUCUCCUCUGAGCCUCCCGUCCUAGUUAGCCAUCGCCGCCUAGAUGCACCACAGCUAGAGCGCUUGGCAGCUGGGGAUCAUGUCCAGUUUCAACUGGCUAGAUAUCCAGAAAAUGUUUUCCUCACUGAAAAACCAAUGUUUGAUGCAACCAUUGAAUCGUCCACACAAGGUUCGGUAACCUUUAUGUGCCUGUCUUAUCCCCCGCACUAUUGUGUCUCGGCUCGGUGGCGGAUGAAGCACUGUGGCUCCUUUGUCACUUCCAGAGCUAUGCUAGACUCGCUAGUUAGCUUAAUCAAGGAUAAAGAAAGGGCAUGCGCAUUAUAUCCGUUACUUGUUGAAAACAAAUCAUUGAAGCAUGAUUCUUUAGGUGAUAGAUACAAAUACCGAACCGACCUCAACCAAUGCCAGAAUGAGGCUGUGGAAUAUUCGCUCAAAGCUCCCUUGACGUGCAUAUGGGGACCUCCUGGAACAGGAAAGACGCAAACAGUGGCUGUAAUUUUGCAGGAGCUCAUAUCGAGAAGACCAGAAGAUCGUAUUCUUGUGACAGCUCCUACUCACAAUGCAGUGGAUAACAUUCUGAAGCGUUAUCUAGGAGUUGCUGGACAAACUGGUUUGAGACCUCUGCGAGUGUCCACAAAUAUUUGGAAAGUAGACCGGGAAUUACUCGGGUAUACUUGUGAUGGAAUGGAACGCAAAGAGAUUGGCCAUAAUCGAACCUCUAGAAACCAGGCCCUGGAACGUAUUCAACAGGCCCGGCUGAUUUUCACAACCUGUGCUGGAGCCGGACUAGGUCUCCUCCGAGGCGAGGAAUUUCCCAUCGUUAUAAUUGAUGAAUCGUCCCAACAAACAGAACCAAUGUCACUCGUACCACUAACAAAGGGUUGCCAGAAAGCAAUCUUGGUUGGGGACCAUGUCCAGCUGCGCGCCACUGUGAGGAAAUACACAAAGAUUCUAGGCUUUGAGAUCUCCCUCUUUGAGCGUUUGUACAUUGCUGAAAAUAUACCGGCAGGCUCGCUGCAAAGGGUUAUGCUAAAUGUACAAUACCGAAUGCAUCCACAGAUAUGUGAUUUUCCUUCUCAGGAAUUCUAUGAGGGGAAGCUCAAAGCAGACACUUCAUGUGAGCGAAACACCCUGCCAGAACACGGUUUCCCAUGGCCCGAGAUCCCGUCUUCUGGAGGGCAAUUGGAGCGAUGUGUGUUUGUUCCAUGCCUUGGGGAAGAGGACGUUGGCCAUCGCUCAAAAGGGAAUCUGCUCCAGGCGGAACUUUGCAAGGAGAUCUAUCGUAUGAUAGUUUCCACAUCGGUAUCUGUCGCUGUUCUCACUCCAUACACAAGACAGGUCAAAAUAUUGAAAGACCGCCUACCCGGUUCAGCUACAGUCACCAGCAUCGAUGGGUUUCAGGGCCAGGAAGCCGAUAUUAUCAUCUAUGUCACCGUUCGAUGUAACCCACAUGGAGAUAUUGGCUUCUUAAGCGAUCUGAGGCGCCUGAAUGUUGUAUUGACCCGAGCCCGAUCCGGUUUGAUUGUCAUUGGCUGUCCUCGAACCUUGACGAAUGCAGAAUCUCCUACCUCUUCAGACGAGAAGGGUGACUCCCGUAUUUUUAAUUCUCGCACGGUUGACCAAGAUGCUGGGCCAGUUUGGAAACGCCUGGUACAGUCUCUGAAACGGGUAGAAAUACCAUUGGCCUCUAAGUAG